ACAAACGCUCGAAAGGAAACAACUACAAGGCAGUGACAGUUCAGUUGAAAGUGUCAUCGCUGUAAACGAUGCAAGAUAUUUUGGUGAGGUAAGCGGAGCAUCACUACGAACGUACUCGAAUAUCAUGAAACGAAAUAUACACAUUUUGUAUGCACUGUUUUUCCUAACUCUUGCAAGAAGCCUUGACUUUCGUUUUCAAGAAUUUACCGAUAAUUCCGCUUGUGGAGGCAAGAUUCUUCAGAGCCAGUACAGGUACGGCAUGGCUAACGGAGUCAGUCAAGUCAAGUGUGCCCUCCUGUGUGCUGAAAGUGAUUUGUGCAAGUCUUUUCAACAUCACAAACUCAAUCGGAGUUGUCAGCUUAAUGAUGACCUCGAUAUUGGCGAUUGCUCUAAGAUGACUGAUGCUGUCGAUUUCAGUUAUCAUGAAAAGGCAUGUCUCAAUGGCGGUUUCCUGAAGCCAGAUGGUAGAUGCGCAUGUGUUGAUGGUCACGUGGGUACACGGUGUGAGCGACCAAUGACCGAUUGUUCUGAGGGUUUCAACUCCGUCCACGGCUACACCAACGGUGUGUACAAUAUUAAACCAAUGGCCUCCACAACGUCAUUUCCGGUCCACUGCACCAUGAAAUUCGGCGGGAGAACAAGAAUUGCAUAUCGGUCUCUGUCUUCAGUGGAUUUCUACCAAAACUGGGACGGCUACAAAAACGGUUUUGGUGAUAUGUCAGGUGACCAUUGGCUUGGACUUGAGAAGAUUCAUCUCAUAUCAAAACCUGGUUCAUAUGAAUUGAAAGUGGAGGCUGUACUGAAGAAUAAAAGUCGCCAUCAGCAAUAUUAUGAAGAUACGCGAGUGGCCGAUGAAACGAACGGCUACAGGAUUACAUUUUCGGCCGUGAGGACGCCGUACAACAAACCUCUUGGUGAUUGUCUGAGCCCUCUGAAUGGGUCCUCUUUCAGUACAUUUGACCGCGACAACGACAACCAGUCAUCCGGAAGCUGCGCAGUCGAUUAUCAGAGUGGAUGGUGGUUUAACGCAUGCGCAGACUGCAAUCCUACAGGCCGUCUGCUGAUGACUGUUGAUGGUUUACGGACAAACGUCCAGCAUGAGGUUUACUGGACAAAUAAUUUAGGUAAUGCUGUUCCUUCCGUGUUGAAAUUGUGGCUUGUAAAGAUGUAAUAUGUACAUUCCAGAAAUUGGCUCCGGAAACACUUUUGGAAGAUGCAGAUGUGCAUAAUACUAAUAGGAGAGUACCCAGCUCAUUCCCCACAUCCAAAACUGCUAGAUUUCAUAGCAGAGAAGCAUCAAGUGUAUCACUUGGCGCUGCACAAAAGUCUACGUUUAAACUAGCUUGUAAACGUCUUUAAAGAUAAGGUUUUAAGACAUUUACAAAUUUGUAAACAUGUGAAUUACAAAGAUUUACAAUUUUGUAAAUAUUCACAAAGGGAGAUACCUAUUGUGUAAUGGUAAAUAUUUUUUUCUGUAUGGACUAAAUGCAGUUUGUACGUCCUGCUAUAGUGGCAUUAGUGUUUCAUACAGAUCCUGAAACAAAUAUACCCAAUACACCGAAUGUGGCAAGUCUAUCACAGUUUCCGGAAAUGAAGAGAGUCUUUGUGUUCUUUUAACUUAUUUAUUGUAUGUGAUGUAGGAGCCAUUUUUUCGGUAAUAUAUGUUCAGAGACUAGAUGCUGCGUGUUACAUUACUUAAAUGUGCCCGAGCUAUAAUUAGUACUGUGCUCCUUGUACAGUGGAUAAGCAGACAGGUUGAAAUUGUUCCUGCUGAUCUGUAGGCUGGUUAGACAUGUCGCCAUGUGAUUAUCGCUAUAAUGCACCGAAGAGAUUCGUCAACGGGGUGGAUUGCCCGUGUAGAUGGUGAAGGUUGUAUUGUGCUGAAUUUGGUUGAUGAUGUGUGAAUAAAGAACUUAGCACAAUGGGGGGUUUCUCACCAUCAGCAUUGAUUUUCAUGGCACGAUAAUUUUCUUUGAUAACAGCGACACGUGCUUUUCCAUAUUCAAAAGAUUUUUCAUCUGAAGGCAGAGUCCAUUGUACGACCCGACUGUAUUCUGAGCACGUGUGUAUGAAUUACGAUCAAACAUUGACGUUACCAGAUGUUUGCGAAAAGGUGAGCGUACUCUUCCCCAUAGGCGGCAAUCGUCGCCUACUGUUUGCAAAAUCAAAGUAGAUGAUACUUUCAUCUCUAUGUUAUAAAACUUUCAUCUACAAAGAAGAUACUUAAGGAUUUUUUUGAUGUUUGUUUUAAUUAUAAUGCUGAUGUUUUGACAAUUUGAUAUAAUUUCUUUAAGUUGCGUAAAUACUGAAAAUAAACGACCAACAUCCGAAUAAACAUUUAAACUAGGUCAUACCUAUUUGUAUAAACUAUAUACAACAAGUGUGCGAUUACAACGCUAUAGCCUGCCUCACAAAACUGCCACCGCGUCACCGUGAUAAUGCCACUGUCUGAAUAACGCUUAUCAAAACAUAUGCUUUGAUAUAAGUAUCAUAUACGUACAUAAAAAGUCUCAGAUCCCGCAGUGACUCUCUCUUGACCCAAAAUCACUAAACGGACUUUUCGAAAGCGCCUUCUCUUUCGUCAACCCACAACUCUGGCAUUCACUUCCCCAAAACCUCAGAAAUACAACCACUAAAGACACCUUUAAAUCACAGCUUAAGACUCACCUAUUUCUAUCUGUGUACCAGUAGAUAAUCAUUCUCUGUUCUCUGUUUUAUGUAUAUAUGUUCAGUUCUAUCACUGCAUUAGCGCCACUGAGCAUCCGUAAGGAAGAUAUUAGGAGCUUUACUAAUGUAUUAGUAUUAUUAUGAAAAGUUGGGUUUUUUAAGUAUUCACGUAGGUUCAUCUGUGUUCUCUUAAUGUGUAAGAUGUAGUUAAUGAGCUGUAGUUAAAUAAAAAAAUAGUCAGAAACCACAAUGUUUACAAUUUUAACAGACAGCUGUGGCUAAAUAAUCGAAACUGGACAGACAAUCCAGUGAUCAACAGCAUGAGCAUCGAUCUACGCAUUGGGAAUAC